CAUAAAAAAAUUUUAUGUUAAAAAAUAAAUGAAAAAAAAAAGACACCAUGUAUGGCAAGACGGGUUAUAGCAAAGGUUAGGAAAAAAAACUACCUGUAAGCGAACUGUAGUAGACAUCUAUUAAAUGAAAUCCAUAUGCAGUUGGAAAUAAACAUAAACUUGCUAAAAGAGCUUUGGAGAAGGAAACAACAGAACCUAUCCCACUGAAAAAAGGGAAGGGUAAAUCAAUAAUUAAGAAAAAACAAAUAUAAACAGGACAAUAUGCAAUGGAGGUAAGAAAGGAAGAAAACUAACGACAAACAUUUACAAAGAAAAUAUUUAUGAAGAAAGAAAACAGGAGGGAAGAUGUAACAACGACAAGAGUGAGAGUUGGUCAUAACUACUUAAUUUAAUCUUUAUUUAAUAAUGAAAUGGAAAAAGUACAACAACAGAUAAUGGGGAAAAAAGUAAAUACAAUACAGAAUGGAGUCUAAAAGGAAUUUUAGGAACAGAAGGGGAUAAAGAGGAAUCAGGAUUAUAAAUAAAAUAUUCUCAUUUUUACAUAAUGUCAAAUGAACGCAGAAAUUAGUAGUUGCAGGCUAUGAGGUUGUACAGUAGGGGGCGGUGUGCCUCUGUGAAGUUGUUUGCAAUCCGAAAAUAAAACAAAAGAAGAAGAACGCGCUCCUAUUCAGUUUACAGUUCAUCAAUGGCAAGUAGUCCAUUGGAGUUAAUACGGUAACUUCAUAACUCAGUCUGCCUGCAGCUCACGGAGUGAACAGCUAAAUUAGUUUAUGGAGGCUUCCGGGUUCAGUUAGCAAUGCGAAAACAAUGUAAAUUGUUAUACAAAAAUUAAGGUAUCACAGGUAUUUUUCAAAACAUAAAAUAACAGCACCGAACGAGACCUCCCAGUUCGGAAUGCUGGAGCUAUUAAAACCUUUGUGGAAGGUAUUUAAAAGAUUUACGAGGCGUUACAGCAGAGUGACGUUACCCGAUGCCAUCCCAGCUGUCGCCGCUGCCACGGCCGGAGAACUUUGUCUACUGGCUGCUCUCUUUGGGCUCUCAUUUUUACUCUUUUUACCAGCUGCACUUGUUCUCCAAAGAGCAUGAAGCUGGUUUACAGAGAGAGUUCCAGUUGGAAAAUGGCCUUUUUAAGAGCUUCAAAAGGGACCCGUCUGACUUUGAGUGGAGCUUCUGGACUGAGUGGGCCAAAAAGUCUUUACUGUGGACUCUAGUCGGCCACGGCGUAUUAUCAAGAUUGGCGGCUGUUUUUCACCCCAAGCUUAAGGUGCUCGCGCUCGCAGUGUUCGACUUCUUGGCAGCCAGCAGCUUGCUGGGCUUUAAGGGUGUGGGGGUUCUGCUUCUACAUCUGUCCGUUGCCUUCUCAGUGGCCCAGCUGCGAAAGCCUUCUUUGGCGUGGAUCACUAACCUUCUGCUGCUCUCCACAAUUCACAUUCAGCCACUGCAAGACAUCCAGAGAGGCUGGUACAGCACAGAGGAGGAGUACUACCUGCUACUUUUCAGCGUUGCCGUCUGUGGCCUGCGAUUCAUCAGCUUCAGCCUGGAGCACUGCUGGAGCCCUUUAGAGUGCAGUCGAGUCGCUCACCUCUUCUGGCUGUUUUCAUACACCUUCUAUCAUCCUUUCUUCUACAACGGACCCAUUAUCACUUUCAAAGCCUACGCCGAGCAGAUGAGGAAGUCGGCCGACGAGAACAGCGGGGAGGAAUCUGUCUUUGGCUACGUGCUGGUCAGAUCAGUCCGGGUCAUUCUGUGGUGGAUCCUGGCAGAAUACAUGAUCCACGUCAUGUACAUGCACUCCAUCCACUCUAAUGAGACCUACAUAGAAUUGCUUCCUCCCUGGGCUUUGGAACCUGAAAUGAUUUCAGCUCGGUGUCUCCUGUCUGCCUCAGGGGGUCUGGCCCUGGCUCUCGUCCAGUUCUUCUACGUGAAGUAUCUGGUGCUGUUUGGGCUUCCGUCCAUGCUCGCCACUUUGGACGGCCUGGUCCCCCCGAAGCUCCCGCGCUGCGUCAGCAUCAUGCACAGCUUCACAGGGAUGUGGAGGCACUUUGACGAGGGGCUGUAUCGAUGGCUUAUCAGAUACAUCUAUGUGCCUCUGGGUGGUUCCCGCCACGGUCCUCUCUCCAAAGUGUUUUCCACCGGCGUCGCCUUUGCGUUCGUCUGCUUCUGGCACGGCGGCCAGGACUACCUGCGGUACUGGGCCCUGAUGAACUGGGCCGGCGUUCUGGUGGAAAACGCCAUCAGAGCUCUCUUUGCCUCAUCCCGCCUUCACUCUGUAGUUGAGCAGAAUUUCUCCUUGGCGAUGCGAAGGCGCUGCGUCGCCCUCCUCUGCGCCUUCUCGACGGCCAUGCUCAUCCUGUCUAAUCUGGUGUUCCUCGGGGGGACGCACGUGGGCAGAAUCUUCUGGAAGCGCGUCUUCAUUCAGGGAUUCUUUCUAGUAAAGGUCAGAGAAAUAUAACUAUGGUGUGACAAUAUUUUCCUGGCGUGAAAGCUUUUUGGUGGUCCACCGUCGCUCCGCCGAUGCUAGCCUUCCUCUACUGCUUUGCUCAGGUUGGACUUGAGCGAACGUCUUCCCCACCGUGAGUCACCUUGACGUCCUGGGAAAGUGAGAAUCCCUGCCGCCCGGACAACCAGGACAACCCGCUGGCCGCAGAGCUGCGGCGACCUGACCCGACGGCCACGCCGAGUGUCCCAAACACAGCCCAAGUUCUGCUGCAGAGCAGAGCUGCACCGCAAAGCAAAAAAAACAAACAAACAAAAAAACCCCGCUGGAUCCCGGAGUCUGUCUUCAUUGUACGGCUUUGAUGAGAUGUUGCUCAGUGGUGCAGUAAAUCGGAGAAGUGCAACGUUUGCUGCUGAAAACCGCUGGUCAGUCAGACUGCAGAGGGCAGCAGCAGAAACCUGACCCAUGCUCUGGUCUGUACACAUUUAAUCAGGAUGUAGCAGACAUGUGAAAUCACAGUAAAGUAUUGGUUAUGUUCUUCUACAUUACAGACACGAUGGGAAAAGAAAACAUCCUCAAACUCACCUGUCAAUACCAGUUAUCUAUGUAGAUAUUAGUUUGUUUCUGGUAACAAAAAAAAAAAAACUGCUGAAAAUGUAUAACUAUCAAUGUUCCAAAUGGCAAUGUCCAUAAUUUUAAUAAAGAUUACAAUUUUUUAAAAAAGCCACUAUUGCUAUUUUACUAAUAGGUAUUACAUGUUGUUGAGGAAAUAUAACUACUUUGAGUGUUUAAUAUAGUUAAUUUCACAGCCAUGUGCAUUUAGGUAGAUUGAACAUUCUUAUCUGGACAAAAACUAAACAGAUGUAAGCUAGGAGACAGCCAGGAGGCAAGAGAUAAACAUUCUCUUGGAGGAGUUUAACCAAAACACUAUUCUCUUGAAAGGCUUUAAAUUAGGUGGGCCAUAAACCAUAUCUCCCCGGCUCAGAGGUCGAAGGUCGGGGGUUUCUCAGAGAAGAGGGCUGCAUCUGGAGUUGGUUACAGCCUGGUACUAACGUCUAAUUUUAAUACAUCUUUAAAUACUAAUCGCAUGUUUUUGAUUAAAGUAUAUUACCCAAGUUAGAAGUAUUAAUCUAGUAGAUGAUUAAUGUAUUUGAAAAUGUAUUAUCAGUGACAAUUUCGGAAUCAAAGGAAAAUUGUUUGAAUUAGAAAAGGAAUUCUACCUCAUUUUGUUCUGUGAGAGGACAAAGAUUUAAGUUUCUGGAGAUGCUGAAAUCAGAAAAGCAGAAAACUAAGUUUGAUGAAAAUAACUUAUAAUUUUAACAAGUAGUAAACGACUUUUGAUUUCUGCCUAAACUGAGGGGAAGGUCUAAGUCUUUCCAAGGUAGCUUUUGGUUGGUCAAAACAGGGAACGCCCUAUUUGCAUAUAUUAACAAAAAGAAACGCCUUCAUUAGAAAAGUGAAUGCUCAAGAAUACGAAUUCAGAUAGCUGGUCGAUUCUGUUUUUCUUGACAGCUCUCUCCAAAGACGCGUCUUUGUCCUUCUUUCUGUUUGUCUUUUAAUUCUUUUCUCUCAGGUAAAGAAUGUAUAUCUCUGUAUCUCUGUAGUUUCCUUGUUAAUUCAUAUGGUGUUUUCCCAUUGGAUUAAACUCUAUAACACUGUGACGUCA